AUGACAGUUGUUGAGUUCUCCAAUCUCAUGGAGAAUUUAGAAAACACAAGGGCAAAUAAAAUCUUUUCCCUUCCAAUCCCAUCAUUCUUUAAAAUACUGUUUAAUUGGGGAGGGCCCCUGCCUGGACCCCGAGCUGCUUUCCCAGGGAAUUCGGUCUCCCAGCCGAGUGCGCCGGCCCCACUACGGCGGGAUUGGAUCCCCCGCGCCCGCCCCCGCCCCGCCGCUUCCUGGGGAGGAGCGGGAAUCAAUGACCAGCCCUGGUGGGCGCGCAGCCGGAUGAGCGCAGCCCCGAGAACCGAGCGCAGGGCCCGCCCCACCCCCCAACCCCCGAGUCCCCCGCCCUCCCCGCCCGCCGCAUCCAGCGCGAGGGACAAGCGCCUCCGGGCUCGGGGGCGGCGGCGCCGAGCAAUCCGGGCGGGCCGCCUCGCCGGUGACAUCACUCGCAAGGAUACUCCGGCUCUUGGCGCCGCCUUCACCAAGCGGCCGUCUGUCCGUCCGUGCGCUGCCGUCCGCUGCUGGAGCGGGUCCUCGUUGGCCGGGACAGAGCCGGGCAGCGCGGAGCGACAGGACCCGAGGAGCAGGGAGAGCGGAGGCAGCGAGGGAGGGAGGACCCGCGCGGACGACAGCAUGAAAUUGAGCCCCACGCGCUGCUUGCUGUCCCUCCUGCUGGCGCUGGUCCUCAGCACCAGAUUCUCCUUUUCAGUAUUCUGAAGUCUGCUACUGACCUUGGAAAGAUCUCAAAUUAGCAAAAAGAUGCAGAUAAAAGAAAGCAAGAGCACAUAUAUGGUGAUAAUAAUAAACAUCUGAAAGGUGAGGCUUAGGAGAUGAUGGCAGUGAACUGACUCAGAAAAUAAGUGCCAAAGACACAUCAUCUACUUCAUCAUUUUGUCAACUAUCAGCUCUACCUUCAUGUUUUUAAUAGAACCCACAUAUACGUUAUUAUAUAUAGUACUUCUCAAUGCAUGGCCCUCAAAAUUUGGUCUUCCCAUUAUCAUGUUUAAUAACACUUAGUUUCCUUAUGAGCACAUUGUCAAGCAGAUACUAUCUGUAUUCAACAAUUAACUGUACUCAAAUGAAUAAAAACUAAAACUUCCAUGUGGUUGAUAAUUUUCAGUUGAUUGAUAUCAAUAUUUAAUGGAUUACUUACAAGUAUGUUACAAUAAAAUAAAAUUAAGUAAGGCUGGUGUUUUGUUCAUUAAAUACCUUUCUGUUCCUCUGCCUUUGAUCACUUUAGAUUAUCAGUAGAUAAUUGAAACUAUAUUCAAGAAAAAUAAAGACCUUGGACUGUAGCUCUGAGCAUCUGUACAUUCUUUAAAAUGAGAAGGGGAAAACCUAAAUAAUGGUUCCAAUUUGGGUGACUUUAGAAUCACCUAGAAAGCUUUAAAGGUAAAUACACUUACCAAGGCAUCACUUAUGAUUUAGGAAAUAUACA